CCCGGCCCGGCGGGGAGGGGCGGCGGGCGGGCCGCGGCAUGGAGCGCUGGGCCGGGGCCGCUGGGGGCGGCUGGGGCUCUCUGUGGGGGGGCGGCUGGGGCCGCUGGCCGGCCUGGGAGCUCCUGGCUGCCUGCGCCGUCAUCGGCGCCGUAGGCUGGCUGCUACGGCUGCUGGACAGGAGGCCGCGCGGCCGCCGGGCCCCGCUUGGCCCUCCCACGCCGCCCGCUGAGGGGAGCCGGCGCCGCGGUGGGAGCCGCCCAGGUGAAAUAACAAUGGAUGCAAUAUUAUCCCGAUUGAAGCAGCUCACCUCUGAUGAGCUUAGAGAAGAAGUUGUAAGAGCAGGACUCAAGUGUGGGCCCAUUACCUCGACUACCAGGUUUAUUUUUGAAAAAAAAUUGGCUCAGUUUUUGUUGGAGCAGCAAGGAACAUUGGAAGAAAAAGGAUCAGGUUGGUCAGAGGCUGCUGCUGGAAAUGUCCCAUCUGACAGCAGCCAGGCAGAAUCUCAAAAGGCUUUGAAAAAUGCCAUGCUGAAUCACAACCAUGAGGGAAACGUUCCUGAAGAGGCAGACUUUGGGUAUUGUGUGGGUCUGAACCCUCCAGAAGAAGAAGGUGUGAUGCACAUGAACUGUUCAGCUCCAGUCUGUGGAGCAGGAUAUGCUGAUUCACAGAUGAGUGCUCAGACGCCAUCCAGAGAUCCUCCGCUAUACUAUGGUGUUUGUCCCGUUUAUGAUGACAUAUUGGCAAGAAACGAGAGAAUACAUGUUUAUGAAGAUAAAAAAGAAGCUCUCCAAGCUGUUAAGAUGAUUAAGGGUUCCCGUUUUAAAGCUUUUUCAAACAGAGAAGAUGCUGAGAAAUUUGCUAAAGGAAUUUGCGAUUACUUUCCAUCUCCAACCAAGUCCUCUUUAACUUUGUCUCCAAUGAAAAUAGGAUCAUUUAACAGAGAUGGCUUAUGCUCCCCUGAGACGGAAACUGCUAAUAAGGAAAGGGCCAACAGUUACAAAAGUCCACGUACUCAGGAUCUUACUGCUAAACUUCGGAAAGCUGUUGAGAAAGGAGAUAUAUCAACAUUUUCAGAACUUAUUUGGAGCAACCCUCGCUAUCUGAUUGGAUCUGGAGACAAUCCAACAGUUGUGCAGGAAGGGUGCAGGUACAAUGUCAUGCAUGUUGCUGCCAAAGAGAAUCAACCUGGUAUCUGCCAGUUAUUACUGGACACUUUGGAAAAUCCCGAAUUUAUGCGGCUUAUGUAUCCAGAUGAUGAUAGUACAAUGCUAAAGAACCGCAUCCGAUAUAUUGUUGACCUUUACCUUAAUACACCAGAUAAAAUGGGAUUUGAUACUCCAUUGCAUUUUGCCUGCAAGUUUGGGAAUUUGGACGUUGUUAAUGUGCUUACCUCACACCCAGCUAUUGUAAAAAAUCCAAGGAACAAAUAUGAUCAAACUCCAGCAGAAGUAGUGUGUGAGAGAAGCAAGAAUAAAUCUGCAGAAUUGAAAGAAAAACUAAGAGAGUAUUUGAAAGGUCGAUACUAUGUACCACUGCUGCGAGCAGAAGACAAUUCCUCAGCUCCUGUAAUUGGUGCACCCUGGUCACCUGAUCAGACAGAUGAGAGCCCCCAGACACCUUUAUCUAAAUACCCUGGCAGCCCCAAAGAUCCGGUGUUGUCUAUAAGAGCUUUUGCAGGCCCCAUGAGCCCCUCAAAGGCUGAAGAAUUUCGCAGGCUGUGGAAGACUCCACCCCGAGAGAAAGCUGGCUUCUUUCACAAUGUCAGGAAGUCUGAUCUGGAAAGAGGUGUUGAAAGAGUUGGAAGGGAGUUAGCUCAUGAACUGGGGUUCCCGUGGGUUGAAUACUGGGAAUUUCUGGGCUGUUUUGUUGAUCUGUCUUCCCAGGAGGGGUUGCGAAAAUUAGAAGAGUACCUGAGUCAUCGGGAAAUGAGCGAAAAGGCUCAGCAAGAGACAGGGGAAAAUGAAACCUGCAAUAGAUUUAAAACUCCACAUCCUUCUGGCAAGAGUAAAAAGUGCUGCAAUUCUAUUUCUGUUGGAGCGUUUUUGGAUGAGGAUGAUGAUGACAUGAGCUUAGAAGAAAUUAAAAACAGACAAAAUGCAGCACGGAAUAACAGCCCACCUAUUGUGUCCAAAGAGCCUAGCAUCGAUGCUAUUGGAGACUCUGAGUGUGAUAUCUUGUCGCUGGAGCGUACAGUAAACAUCAUAGAAACGGCGGAUCACCCCAGGCACUACGAAAAGGUGGCUUCUUCCAGCAAAAAUGGAUUUUGUAAUCCUGUGGCCAGUGAAAGGAUAAUUAGUGACAGAAAGCACUUGCGUGAUGGAGAAGAAUGCCGUGUAUCACCCGUUCGCAGUUUGAUGUCAGAAUUUGAAAGCCUGACCUUCCAAGAACAAGAGGGCGCAGGAGAAUCAAGUAAAAUCAGUGAAAAAACUGUGAAUGAGAGAAUUCUGACUCAAAGAACAAGUCAGGGUAGAAUAGCCAAGGACCAGCUGGAUACGACCUGCUAUGCAGUUUCACUGGCAAGUUCUUCUGAGCCACUUGCUACAGGUAAACCUGGAGAGGCCAAGUUAAGGACAGAACACAAAAUACCAUCAGAAAAGGAGCGAUUGUCCAUGGAAUCUGGAAUUCAGACUAAUAAGGCACAAAUAUGUCAAGAGCCUCCUUCCCACAAAUUUCUGUUGAAGACUCCACCCACAAAUAAGAAAUUAUUUCUGCUUGGGGAACAGCCCUCGAAGCUGGACAGCGAUGUCUUAGCAGCUAUAGAAGCAGCACAGAUUGAUCCACAGACGUACCCCCUUAUUUACAAAUGGAAACAUGCGGUGCAGUCGUACUCGUCAUCUGACAGGCAAAGUUGGCCAAGUCCCGCAUUGAAGGGAAGAUUCAAGUCCCAAAGCACAGCUUCUGGCCCACCAAAUGCUUCAGUGUGUUCUAGUCCAGGAAGAAACAGUCCUGUGACAGGAAGCCCAGGGAAAUAUGGCAAUGCUGCCUCAUUCUCUCCAGACCCUGGGAGCCCUGGGCGGUACAGUCCAGCUUGUAUCAACCAUGCUCUGUUAAAACUGCGUUAUUUCUCAGAGCCUCCUGCUCACUAAACUAUGAUUUAUUUUCCUGGAACUUUAAUUAUAUUUUCAUUGUUAGAGUGGAGGAAAAAAUUACAAUGUUACUAAAGUGA